AUGCUCCGCUGGGUGCGUGGCUUCGUGCUAACCUCCAGUAGCGACGAGAAAGACAAAGAGUCCAACUGCCGCUAUGAGUACCUCUUCUGGCAGCUGGACCGCGACGGGGACGGGAAGGUGGACAUUGUCGAGCUUCAAGAGGGUCUCGGGAAGUUGCACUUCUCUCUAGGCAAAGAUGAGCAAAAUGAUCUCUUAAGUGCUGGUGAUACUAACAAGGAUAACCAGCUAGAUUUUGAAGAGUUUAUGCAGUACCUUAAAAACCAUGAGAAAAAGAUGAAGUUGGCAUUUACUAGUCUGGACAAAAAUCACGAUGGAGUAAUUGAAACUUCAGAAAUUAUCCAGUCUCUCAAGAUACUAGGUAUAGACAUUUCUGAACAACAGGUAGACAAAAUUCUUCAAAGCAUUGAUACUGAUGGGACUAUGUCAGUGGACUGGAAUGAAUGGAGAGAUUACUUUUUAUUUAACCCAGCAGAGAACAUGGAGGAAAUUGCCCGGUUUUGGAAACGUUCUACUGGGAUCGACAUAGGGGAUGGUAUAACCAUUCCUGACGACUUCUCAAAAGAAGAAAGAGAAUCUGGCAAGUGGUGGAAACAUCUGCUGGCAGGUGGGAUAUCGGGUGCAGUUGCCAGAACUUGCACAGCACCCCUAGAUCGGCUGAAAAUCAUUAUGCAGACCCAGGAUGUACACUCAAAGCAUCUUCAUAUUGUUGAUGGAUUUAAGCAUAUGUUGAAAGAGGGAGGCAUCUUAUCCUUUUGGAGGGGAAAUGGUGUGAAUGUUUUAAAACUUGCACCAGAGACGGCUAUUAAGGUCUUAACAUACGAACAGUAUAAGAAGUUGUUUACUCAUGACAGUACCAAAGUUGGCAAUAUUGAGAGAUUUGUUUCUGGUUCUUUGGCUGGCGCGACUGCACAGACCUUCAUCCACCCCAUGGAAGUUAUAAAGACCAGAUUGGCUCUAGGCAGAACUGGACAAUACUCAGGGAUGUUUAAUUGUGCCAUACAAAUUGUGAAGAAUGAACCCCUUGGAACUUUUUACAAAGGCUAUGUCCCUAAUUUUCUGAGCAUCAUUCCUUAUGCUGGCAUAGAUUUAUCCGUCUAUGAGAUUUUGAAGAAUUAUUGGCUAAAUAAUUAUGCCGAAGACUCUGUAAACCCUGGUGUAUUGAUGUUGCUGCUAUGUAGUGCCUCAUCUAACUUUUGUGGUCAAUUAGCCAGCUACCCUCUGAACCUAGUGAGAACUUGGAUGCAGGCCCAAGCUUCCAUACAAGGAGCUCCACAGAGGAACAUCUAUUAUUUCUUUCAAGAAAUAAUUGUCAAAGAAGGGCUAACAGGCUUAUUCAGGGGCAUCACUCCCAACUUUGUGAAGUUCUUUCCAGCAGUUGGCAUCGGCCGUUUGGUGUUUGAAAAAGUGCAAAAAAUUUUGGGAGCAACCUAG